GUGAGCGUUUAUCAAAACACACUCAGUUAGGUAACUAUUUUCAAUAGUGUAUAAUUUUUGAAAAUGUACAGACGCGACAAUAAUUCCAAUUUGGUGGAGAAAGAAGAUAAUAGCGAUGAUAUGCCUGUAUACGGUUUACCCGGUUAUAGAUUCUACGUUUUUCAUUACGUAGGACUAAUUUGUCUGGUUACGUCGCUUUUCUUUACAACUGCAAUAUUUGUGUUGAUAUUUAAGAAUGUAAAAACAAUAUUUAAAAGUCAAAUUGGUGAAAGAUUGAUAUUUUAUAUGGCAGUGUUUGAUUUUGGAUAUUGUACAGUUCAUCUGGCAGAUCAUAUUUAUAUGUUGAUAGUCAAAAAUCAUCCUCCGGAUAUGUUCUGCGCUGCUAUUGGAUUUUUGUUAAAUGAAUUUGUUGUAGGUCAGUGUCUAGUAGUUAUAUUCACAGCCGUAAAUGCUUUUUAUAUGGUUGUCAAGGAGAAAAGAAUUAAGCUUGGAAAAUACGAUUGGAGAUUACAUAUCGUUGCAUUCGGUUUACCGCUAAUUAUUUGUUGUGCUAUAGCGAGCAUUCGUCACUGGGGAAGAAGCGGAGCAUGGUGUUUUUUAGAUAAUCGUCGACCUUACUCUAAAAUUCUACAAACUGUUAUUGCCGUCUUUUUCGUUCUAAUUUUUGUUCUAAUUUCAAUAUUGUACAGCUUAUCUUGGAUAAAGAUUAAAAAGAUAUCAAGGAAUCUCAACAAAAUAUUAACAAGCUCUCAAGAAAAGUAUCAUAAGACGGCAAAGAUUAUGAUGCUUUUCGUUAUUUCAUUUAUUGCACAAUGGUGGUCGUUUAUGAUAUACGCCGCUUAUGGGAUGUAUAGAACUCAACCAUUCCUUAUAGUACUCUUGUCAGUGAUUUUUUCCAAUUUGGGAGGCAUUUUUAAUUUUAUUACCAAUGCUUUUGUAAAAAGAAACAAUGUAAAAAUUUCAUCUAGUGUAAGUAAAUCUAAUUGAAAUUAAACAUAAAGCAUUUUCCGGGAACUUCUAUUUUAAAUGAUAAAAGAAACGUUUACAAUUUGAGAACGCGUCCCUUUUUUUUCUCCCUCCUCUUAUUCCUUCUCUUUAUUCUUAUUAAUGAUUAUUGAUGUUUAGCAAUAGUUGUGUGUCAGAAAAGAGAAAAAGUCUUUCAAGUGGAAUUUAAUUGUCAUUUAAAUAUAAAAAGAAAUACAACUACGUUGACUGAAUGAUUUAUUUGUCAUUUUUAAUUAGUUUUAUAAUUAAAUACAAAUCUAACGGUUUGUUUUAUCAUUGUUUAUCAUUCUGAAUACUUUUCCAAAGCUUCUCUUCCUAUUCUAAAUAGGUGCCAUUCUUCGAAAUCGGUUAGGUCUAUUCCACCAACUUUCUUGUACCAAUUUGUAGCAUUCUUAUUCCACUCUAAAGCGGCAAAGUGUAUUCUGCAACAAUCUUCAGAAACCGCGAUACUUGCAACCUUCUUGAGUAAUUUCUUACCAACGCCCAAGUGCCUGUAAUUGGGUACGACAUAUAUAUCUUCCAUAUAGAGCAUUCUACCUUGAAAAGUUGAAUAGGCCUUGAAGUAUAUCGAAUAACCGGCGAUUUCUUUUUUCUCAUUCUCAGCAACAAUAGCCGAAAAGAAUUUAUUUGGUCCGAAACAAUCCCUAUUCAGAAUCUCAGGUGUAGUUGUAAUGUCAUCUUCCAAUUUUUCAAAUUCUUUCAUUUCGUGAAACAUUUUAAUUAAAUGCUUAAAAUCAUCGGGUUUAAUAUCUCUAAUUGAAAUUUUCGACAUUCUUACUAUCUUUAUUAAAAUACGUUUAGGAUUAGUGUAGUAAUAUUAUGUAAAAAUGGCCAAUUUUCAUUCGUUCUGCAAUAUUUCUACUUAAUAUUAAAGAUAGCAAAUGUAUAUACUCAAAGUAGGACAAAGUCCAUUUAAUAUUUUCAACAUUAUAUUGUACUUUGCGUUCUUGUCUAAUGCUAAAAUGUACUUGCUUAUAUAAUUUGACAUCCAUUGUUCACUUAUAUAAUAAUUCAAAUGAAAUGUCACACUAAGUCUUUCGCUAAAACACUUUUGCUACCUUUUACCAAAAAACCUUUUAAGAUUUAUAUUUUUCCUUGUUUUUUUUAUGAAAGAGAUAACGAAUAAUAGAUAUCUCCUGAUACACAUUACCACCGACAAUUUUAAUACUAAUACGCAAUGGUUAUUACAAUCAAUAAAUUCAUGCUAUAUCAAUAAAUUCAUAGCUAUAUAUGGGAAAAUACAGCUGAUUAUUGAAGGUCGGUCUUUAGUAAAUUAAUAAUAUAUAUAACAACUUAUAUUUCACGCUAUUGCGUGCAGAAAAGUAAGUAUUGGGAGGAUUAAUUGAGUAUCACUAAUUUAUUAUCUUUGUUUGAUUCCAUUAUUAAGUGCUUGGGCUAUUAAUGACAAAGAAAUAUACAGUAUAUACAAUACAUAUAUAUAUAUACUGUAUAUAUAAAUUUAUAUAUAUAUAUAUAUAUCAAUAUAUGAGGUGAGAAACAGAACGAGACUAACAGGAAGA